ACAGUCGCGGAUACAAGACGCGAAUAUUAUCGCCAGGGAUGGAUCGAUGGACGGAUAAAGUGGCGGUGGUGACAGGCGCCAGCGCUGGGAUUGGGGCGGCCAUUGUUAAGCAAUUGGUCCGAAAAGGCAUGGUGGUGGCUGGGCUGGCUCGAAGGGUGGACAAAGUCAAAGAACUUGCGGACACCCUCGAGAGCGUCGUUUCCGCUUUCGCGUGGGUCCAGGAAAAUCUUGGAUCCGUGAGCGUGCUGGUGAACAACGCUGGAAUCACGAAAGAAUCCUCGCUGAUAGAAGGCAAUCUGGAGGACUGGCGAGCCGUCUUCGAGGUGAACGUACUCGGCCUGUGUCUUUGUACGCGGGAAGCCGUUCGAAUGAUGAGGGAGGCUGGCGGAGAGGGUGUCGUGAUCAACGUGAACAGUCUUGCGGGCGAACGGGUGCCAUUCAUUCCUGGAUUUUCCGUUUAUCCCGCCUCGAAGAGAUCCAUCGUUGCCCUGGCUCAGACUCUACGUCACGAGCUCACGGGAACACGAAUACGCGUCACGGGUAUAAGUCCAGGGCUGGUCGCCACGGAGCUGAUGGUGUCCUACAGCACGUAUUCCGAGGAAGCAUUAGCAUCGUUUCCGACACUGGACCCAGAUGACGUGGCUGCUGCAGCAGUUUACAUUUUGUCAUCUGGCCCACACGUUGUAGUACAAGACAUCGUCCUGCGGCCACUCGGUGAAUCCUGGUAGUGAACUUACUCUAUCCAGAGCUGUACUCUACAUACUUGCACUGUUAUUACUGUUUUGUCCUUAAUGAUUAUCACGAAACUGCAGACGUUUAUGCAAAUACAGGUUUUUUCUAGGUUAAUUCGUCGGAAUCGAACAAAAACGUAUUUACUUUGCAUAGUAUCCUACUAGAUUCCAGAUCAAAUAAAAAGCUCGAUAAAUUCUAUAUC